GGAAAACAAUCAUUGUAUACUUUAGGGGAUGGUAAAAUAUAGUAGGCUACUCUGUAAUAAUUUACAAAUAUUCAAAGAUUAUAUUUAAAAAAAUAUGAUAGACGCAAGCAACAUUGCUAUGCCUGAAUAUAGAGUACGCUUAUCUCCAUGUACCCCCCUUUUGCCAGAAUAAUCUCACCCUAACACCAGAGCAUUGUGGGUACCACCACAGAAAGAAAGCAAUAUGGCAGCCCCCGGCGCAAGAAUGGCAAGUCGCCCUUUCUGCAAAUUUAUUACAAAUGUCGGCAGGACUCGGUUGACGAAGACAUGUUUUCGUAAAAUAUCUUUCAAUUACCCUGCUCGUGUUGCGCUUCAUACUCAAAACACAGUGGGAAACGUCGCAUCAGCGUCACCAUGGAAGUUAAUGGGAGCCGUGUGCUUGCAAAGGUUGCCCGUCACAUCUCAGAAAAAAAACCCUAUUGAGGAUCAGUUUGCAGAACUCAUGCAGCAGUUGGAGCUGGAGAGAAGCAUGAUUUCCAGGCACGAGCUGAGGCUGCACGAAGAGGCAGAGCGAUUGAGUCGCAAACAGGCUGAUGACUACGAUUCCGAUGAAGAGGCGAAUUACGGUGCCGAGGAGAUCGUCACUGCUCAGGACCUGGAAGACUCCUGGGAACAGAAGCUGAAAGGCUUCGAACCCACCCCAAGAGACACAGCUGGUGGUGAGGAAGACCCGAGAAGUAUGAGUGGUUAUCUUGCGGACAGCUUGGUCCUGCUGGUGGAGCAGACAGUCGGCAGUGAUAAGUUGUGGCUCCUACCUCAACUGCAGUGGGAGUCUGGAGAAACCCUGAGACACACUGCAGAGAGGGCCCUUGCUAGCCUGCCAGAAUGCAAUUUCAAAGCAACGUUCCUUGGCAACACCCCCUGUGGAGUUUAUAAGUACAAAUUGCCUAAAGUUGCUCAAACGGAGAGCAAUGUGGGAACAAAGGUGUUUUUCUUCAAGGCGAUCCUGUCAGACGGCAGUCUCGCGUCAGCUACAAAAGGACCUUUCAUGUGGGUAAAAAAGAGUGAACUGCAGGAUUAUCUCAAACCAGCGUACUUUGAGAAGGUCGAUCGCUUCAUCAUUGGCGUGUGAUGGAGAGGCUGUCCAUGGAGCAUACGUAUAUCUUUAUAACAGCCACCGGAAAUUAUAUUCAAUCACCCAUAGCAACUGUCCAGAGCCCCCCGUCCCCAUCAAUUCAACAACUUGUGUAACUCUGUACUGUACUGAAUAAGAUAGAAUGAUUAAAGUAUCACAAUUUUCAACGCA